AUGAGCAAAUUAGAUGAUUUGCUGGCCAAAAAGAAAACGGUGGUGCCCGUUUUGGAUUUGAGUCGCAGCAACAUACAGUCGGUAGAAGAGUUUAAAAGGUUAAUGGAAAAGGUGCCCGACUAUAAGAUGCGACCGAUAAAAGUGCGCGCCGAGGAGAUCAAGAUACGGGAUAAGGAUUACGCAUUCAAAAUGCCCAAGAAGGAGAUGCGAAAGCUUCUGAAGAGCAACGGAGAGCGUGAGACGCUUUACAGCUAUGCGGAUCCGGUGCCAAGUGAAAUGAAGGAUGUGGUCCUAAUGGAACUAUGCGCUGUGCCCAUCGACUGGAAGAUGUUGACCACACUGCGACCCAAGUCCAAACAGGAGGAGGAGUACUUCAGUCGGAUGGUCGAGAUGGGCAAACUCGAACUAAAGACCGAGGCGCGAGAUAGACGCGAAUUUGCAUUAAACAAUUGCAUCAAGAAAAUUAAGAACAAGUCGGGAAUUGUGGAAACGCGUCUCGUUACCUGCGAAUCGUGUGGCGAGGAAAUGUGCUGGGGCAAAACCUGCGGUGACUUCAACUACGAUCUGUAUGUACGUGUGGAGGCCAAGGUGCUCAAGCCAAAGCCAUUGGCAAGUUCGACCAAUAAAACAAAGCUGAAUGGACGCAAAAAAUCAACCUUAAAUGCCACUAAAAUUAAAGUCAAGAAGUCGCCAACUUCUAAACAAACUUGA